AUGCUACCUCUUUACCUGUUGACCAACUCCAAUGGCCAGCAUAUGCUAAUAGAAUUGAAAAACGGUGACACCGUGCAAGGACAAUUGACAAAUGUGGAUAAUUGGAUGAACCUAACAUUGGCAGAUGUCACACAUACAGCGUCCAACGAAGUGAUAACGCUACCCGAAAUUUACGUAAGGGGCAAUUUUAUCAAAUACAUCAAAUUGCAACAAGACGUUAUUGAAAAGGUCAAACAAUCUAGCGCACAACAACAGUCGCAAGGUCACCAUCAAAACCGGGAUUUUAGAAGAAGACAAGGCGGUGGUGGUAACAGACGUGAUAACGAUAGAAGGUUCAACCAAGGUGGUAAUCAAAAAAGAAACGAAGGACGUGGAUCUCAUUACAAUGGUGGAAAUCGUCGUUACAAUAACCAAAGACAAAGCAAUGAUGGAAACCAUUCCAGUGCGAUGGGUGGAUUUGUUCAGCACCAUCAAACAAGCGCACAACAGCCGGCCUCACUGGGACACAACUAG